GCCAGUGGCAGUAAACUUUAGCGUCCCCCCCCCCCAUAUUAAGGGUCGGCAUCUUUGGCUUCCUCAGAUGAUUCUCCAGGAUGUGGUCAGGUUCCUGUUGGUGUAUGUGGUUUUCCUCCUGGGUUUUGCAUCUGCCCUCACAGCCCUGACCGGCCCAUGUCUUGGGCCUGGCCAGUGUCCCUACAGCAGUGUGGGGAGUGCGGCGGCGGCUCUCUUCAAGCUGACCCUGGGGCUCGGGGACCUGUCGGGGCCUGAGCACUCCAAGUUUCCGGUCUUCUUCCUCGUCCUCCUCAUCAUCUACGUGAUUCUCACCUCCGUACUUCUCCUCAACGUGCUGAUUGCCCUCAUGAAUGAGACCAUCAACGCCGUGUCCUCGAGGAAUGAGAAGAUCUGGCGAGUGCAGAGAGCCAUCACCAUCCUGGACCUGGAGCGCUGCCUGCCCACGUCCUGGCGGGGCUGGCUGCAGAGCGGCACCGUCCACCCCGGCCUGUCCGUGGGGCUGACCCCGAGCGGGGAAGAAGACCUGAGGACGUGCCUACGGGUGAAGGAAGAGAGGAGGUGGACGAGGGCCGCGGGGAGGAGCCACGUCACGGGCAUCCACGAAGACCCCACCAUCCCCCAGGGUAGGUAGAGGACCGCUGCAGCGGCUAGGGAGAGCACUGAGCCACAUGGGUUCAAGACUGGCCUCAAGACCCAGUUGUGUGACCCUGAGAAAGUCACAUUGCCUGCCUCAGUUUCCCCAUCUGUGAAAUGGGUCUGAUGGGUUGUUGUGGGGGGGGCAGGAAGUGCCACAUAAACAUUCGC